CAGGGAUCAAGCUCAUGCGAUCACGGAAAGUCUCAUAAUUGUUGAUUUGAGCAGAACCUGCGGCUUCGAAAAUCGCCUAGCAACCUCAAAAUGGCGGACAAGGGCACAGAAGUCGUGGAGGAUAUCGCCAAUGACCCCAAGACGAAGUCGGCCGUGGCUCGUCUCAAGGGCUGGGGCUCAUCCGCCGUGCCUCCAUCUGUCCUGGCGACGCUCGUCAUAGGCCUCCAUAUGCGCCCGCGUCAGCCUCUCGCUCUCCUGCUGUUUCCCGCCCCUCUGUUCGCCGCCACGUACUUCAACCUGGCCGGCUACCCGACGGCGGCUGGUGGUCUCACGGCGGCGUGGAGCGGGCUGUACGCCCUCACCGCGAUGAGGAGGCGGCAGGGCCUACGAGGGCGGUUCAGCGUCAGGGGCGGAGUCAGGGGCCUUGCCGUGGGAUUGGGCCUCGUCAAUGCGGCGGCGGGAGGCUUGGUGUGGUUGACGGGCGAUUUUGAGAAGGACGAGCGGGAGAGGAAGGAGCGCAACCGAUGGGGAAUUGAGGAAUGAUGGAGGGAGCGUUGUUGUAAUAUGUACUGUAGAAACAUUGUGUGAUGCGCAGGAGUUUGGUCAUAUAGUCUCGUUGUAUUCAGCACCGCAUCAAGAUGGGUGCUCAAGACAGAUGCCUUGGGCA